ACACAAAGAUGAAGACCACACACUCUUGGGUGACUCUUCCCAACUAUACCUUCUCUCUCAGGCUAGCUAAUUUUUCUCUUCCAACAAUGGAGGAAGAUAAACAAAACCAGGUAGCUAGAAUUCAAGAUUUUGAUCCACCAAAGAAGCCAAAAACAAACAAAUAUGCAAUAGCUUGUACUUUUCUAGCUUCAUUGUCAUCCAUCUUGCUUGGUUAUGAUAUUGGUGUAAUGAGUGGAGCAAUUAUCUAUAUUAAGAAAGAUCUCCAUAUUACUGAUGUCCAAGUAGAGAUUCUAGUCGGAAUCCUCAAUGUUUACUCUCUCUUUGGUUCCGCCGCCGCCGGUCGGACCUCUGAUUGGAUUGGCCGCCGGUAUACUAUGGUGGUGGCUGCCGGAAUCUUUUUCGCCGGAGCUCUCUUGAUGGGUUUUGCUACAACUUAUGCCUUUCUCAUGUUUGGUCGAUUCGUCGCUGGAGUCGGAGUCGGGUAUGCUCUCAUGGUUGCCCCGGUUUACACAGCUGAAGUCUCGCCGGCGUCAUCUCGCGGUUUUCUUACUUCCUUCCCCGAAGUUUUCAUUAAUUUCGGUAUAUUGAUGGGAUAUGUAUCUAAUGUGGCGUUCUCCAAACUUCCAACUCACCUGAGUUGGCGAUUUAUGCUCGGAAUCGGAGCAGUCCCAUCUGUAUUCUUGGCCGUUAGUGUUCUGGCUAUGCCGGAGUCACCGCGUUGGUUAGUUAUGCAAGGUCGACUCGGCGAUGCACGGCGAGUUCUCAACAAAACAUCCGAUUCCUUACAAGAAGCUCAAUUGAGACUCGCCGAUAUCAAACAAGCCGCCGGCAUACCGGAGAACUGCAACGACGACAUUGUCGAAGUACCGAAACGCGCAAAUGGAGACAACGUAUGGAAGGAAUUGAUCUUCUCCCCGACGCCGGCCAUCCGACACAUUUUAAUCACCGGCGUUGGAAUCCAUUUUUUUCAGCAAGCAAGUGGAAUCGACGCCGUCGUUUUGUACAGCCCGAAGAUUUUUGAAAAAGCCGGGAUCAAGUCCGAUCACGACAGGUUGCUCUGCACCGUCGCCGUCGGAGUAGUCAAAACGUUGUUCAUUCUAGUAGCCACAUUUAUGCUCGACAGAUCCGGUCGCCGGCCGUUGUUAUUAACCAGUGUCGGCGGAAUGGUGGCGUCGUUGGUGCUUCUCGCCACCGGCCUCACAAUUAUCGACCACUCAGAACAGAAAUUAGUUUGGGCAAUAGCACUUUGCAUAUCAAUGGUGUUAGCUUACGUGGCGCUCUUCUCUAUCGGUAUGGGUCCGAUAACGUGGGUUUACAGUUCGGAGAUAUUUCCGUUGACGCUCCGGGCAACUGGAUGCAGCAUAGGGGUAGCAGUGAACAGAGUAACAAGUGGAGUAGUGUCAAUGACGUUUUUGUCCCUCCAAAAGGCGAUAACUAUCGGAGCGGCGUUCUUCUUGUACGCCGCAUUAGCGGCGGUGGCGUGGGUGUUUUUCUACACAUUGAUGCCGGAAACUCAAGGGAAGACUCUAGAAGAAAUGGAAACAUUGUUUGGAACUUUUUGGAACUGGAGAGAGAGAGGGAGAGAACUGAAAGAAUUAAAGAAGACGGAGAAAAACAGUAACGAUAACGGCCAGAUUCAGAUGGGUACUAAUAAUCCAGCUAUGCAAAAUUUUAUGAUGGUAUCCGCACAACCAAACAUAGUUGUGUGAUUGUUUGAGACUUUGGAUAAUAGACAAAUAACAAUAUAUGAAAGGAGACAACAAUUUCCUAAUUUUGUACAUACUACUACUUCAAUAUGUUGUGACUUUUGAUAAUUUGGAUAAAAACUACUACAUGUACGAUACAUGACAAAUAUUUAUCAAAACCAAUA